AUGGCCGGACCUCUACCAAACCCAGCUACAUCUUCGAACUUCCUCUCUACGCGUCGAGCCCUCUUCGACACCCUCGCCUCUUUCCUGACUGUGGCAACUCAUCACAUCCUCUAUCUACGUCGAAUCUAUCCACCGGUUUCAUUUCUCGCCGCCAGGGCAUAUAACUGUCCCGUUCGCCAGAAUCGUCAUCCUGCAGUCUGUACGUGGGUCAACGACGCCGUCGCUGCAGUCCGUGAUCAACUCGACAAGAACACUGUCGAAAAGGUUUUGCUGUGCAUCUAUGAAUGUGAAAGCAACCGUGUCCUCGAACGCUGGACAUUUGACCUCGGCUCUUUUUCUUCGACUGGUCUAGAUGCCUCCAAUAUCCAUCUCGAGUCCUCCCCGCCCGAUGAUGGCGACCUGCUGAGUGACCAAGUCAACCUGGCUGAUUUAGAAGCCAACUUUCGCGCUACCUUGUCUCGGAUUAGCACAUCGGCAGCCCGACUUAGACCCCUCCCUGAGGGCCCUGGUGCUCCUGAAUGCAGCUUCACGCUAGCUAUUGAGGUCAAGGACAGGGCGGAUCGUCCCGUAGGGCGAAUUGAGAAGGAAGAGCGCAAGUGGAUUGCGGCAGAACCACAGCCAAACCCGUCGUCUGCGACCCCAGGAUCCGCAAAAGAUGAAAGAGGAUCGACCACUACGUCCCCACGAACACAUGCAGUUCGCCGUGUUGAGGUAGGAGAGCUGCAAAUGGAAGUCUGGGUGGAAGAAGCAGCGGCCAAAUUUGAGUUUUCCCUCCCCUCAACGUCGUCCGGAUCAUCAUUACCUCCAGAACAAAGAGCAGCAAAUAUGUCCUACGGUGCAGGAAAAGAGAAGUUUGAUCCAGAGAACAUGUAUGCCUACGAUCUCGAGCCACCGGACGUCAACCGCAAACCGCAAGGGGGAGCCACGACAGACUAUCAACGAGGUUGA